UAAGUGAAAAAGUGAAUCUUUAGUGCAAUUAUGUUUCUGCCCGAAACAGCCAUCUUCUGCAUCACUCUGCUGGUCUAUGGGGCCAUACUUCUGCUGCUAAUCUAUUAUGUUCUGACAUUGGCGGACCUGGAGUGCGACUAUUUGAACGCCCAGGAGUGUUGUCGACGGCUAAAUUUCUGGGUAAUACCUAAAUUUGGCUCCCACGCCCUGCUUUGCGGCCUUCUCUUGCUGGGCGGACACUGGAUAAUGUUUUUGCUAAAUCUGCCCAUGGUCAUUUGGCUAUUUUACGAGCUGCAUCGUCAGCGGCGGGAUAGUUUAGGCGUCUACGACCCCGUGGAUAUACAUAGUCGUGGAUUGUUAAAGGUGCAUUUAAGGAACUGCAUGAUCUAUUUGGGCUACUACUUUGUCAUGUUCUUUGUGGGGUUGUAUUGCCUGAUUUCAUCGCUAAUCAAGGGAGAUCCCAUCAAGCGGUACGAGGAUGAUGAAAUUAUCACAGACUUUUGAAUUUUAGC